UGUUGGUUUGGCUGCGUGCAGGAGAAGUUCCUGGAAAUGUUGGGGCCCUUCAGGCGUGGAGUUUCUGGAGGGAUUUUCCAGCAAAGAGCCUUGACAAAGCCAACGUUUAUCAACUCACUGCUUGGACAUCCCAUAUUUCAGAACUUACACAUAGAAGUUGGAGACAAAGCUGAACUUAGCAAGGCUUUUACACAGAAUGAUGUAGUUACUUUUUCUAAUUUAACAGGUGACACAAAUCCUUUGCAUUUAAAUGAAGAAUUUGCAAAGAAAUCUCGUUUUGGAAGAACUGUUGUCCAUGGAGUUCUGAUCAAUGGACUUAUUUCUGCAGUUCUGGGUACCAAAAUGCCUGGUCAAGGAUGUAUACUCCUUUCCCAAGAGAUUCGUUUUCCAGCUCCUUUGUAUGUUGGUGAAGAAGUCACAGCUGCAGCGGAAGUGAAACGACUGAAGGGUUCUGUUGCACACAUUUUUGUAUCAUGUCAGGUCAGAGAAAGUGGGAAAACUGUUAUGGAAGGGAUGGUGAAAGUCAUGGUGCCAGAGAGUUAGAGCUGUUCAUCAUGUGCAACUUCAGUAUAAAGGCCAGAACCAAUGUA